AUGGCUGUUGCAAACUUGCAAUACAUAACUCGGAUGAGCAGUGGCUUCAAAGUCUACAUCUUGGAAGGUCAGCCCAACCUAAGAGGUGAAGAUAGAUACAGGCAUAUGACAAAUGAGAGAGUUCGAGUACCACCAGUGCAUCCAGUCAAGCGCAAACACAGCUCUGAGCGUGGCCUAACAUUGGAAGAAAGGCGAGAGAGGGCACAGAGCAAAAGCAACAUGAGAAGUGCUCAGAGGCCAGCUGUGUUUAGUGUUCCCCAGAGCCCCACAUCCUCCUGGAGCCCAACCCCAAGCCCCACAUCCUCCUGGAGCCCAACCCCCAGCCCCACAGGUCAUCUUCCCCAUCAUGUGUAUCCCACACCACCUAUGGAUGAACCACUGGACCUAAUUAAGAAACCAAGGAAAGAGCCUGAGAGGACAGAGAAGGAAACCAAAAGCACUACAUCCACCGAUCAGAUACAGAUGCGUCCUUCUGUGAUCACCUGUGUCUCCUCCACAAGAAAGCCCACCUGCAGAUCUGAGAUCCGCAGCAGCAGCCACUCCUCCACAGUGCUAUAUAAGCACAGCUAUGACCAUGUGGUGGAGGAGCAUUUCAAGAGAAGCCUGGGGAUGGACUACCAAAGGGCCAGCUCCCGCCAGCUCUCCAUCAGCGUUUCUGUGGAUGACCACUUUGCCAAAGCCUUGGGAGGGAAGUGGCUUGAGAUCAAAUCUAAAUCCUCCUCGUGCUCCUCGUCUACAUCCUCACCACCCAGCAGCCCAAGUGUCACUCACUCCCCCAGCUACAGCCACAGCCCAAGCCAAGCUCCCAAAGAGUCUCAAAGUACCACUACUCCCACCUCCAGCUUCUGGUCAGUCAAAUAA